CUCUUCAUGCAUUUGAUGAUGCAGGAACUCAACAAUACGAACGAGCAAAUCAGUCCCGUUGAGGAACUUGCGCAGAAUGAUGUCCAGAAAGUUCCCGAAAUCCGUCUCCAAGAGGACGACGUGACCAACGAAUGCGACCCGAAAGACCAACAGGACAAAAACACGGUAACGACAGACCUUCCCAAGACGAGCCCGAGAGACAGAAGGUCCGUGAGCCCGCUGAGUUUCCUCAGAGAGGACUUCAGCCAUUUCAAGGAAGAACUGUUGAAGGUUUUCAGGGACAAAGACACGGACCAAUCGAGUGAGGCCGCCAGAAUGCACGACCCCCUGAAAGUAGAUUUGGCGUUUAAAGUAGACGUGGCGAGCGUCUUCAAGUCCACAGACCCGAAAAGCAGCCAGUCAGCAGAGAAAACAAACAACCGUCUGAGCUUUCUUAACUUUAAAGACCACGUCUCGAAUGCCUUCAGGCUCGGUCCUUCAAAGGUGCCAGACUCAUCCGCCGCCUUCAAAAUAAAAGCUUCUUCAAUGGAGCCAGACUCAUCCAACGCCUUCAAAAUAAAAGCUUCUUCAAAGGAGCGAGACAACGAGGGCGUGACGGCGGAGGAAGACUCAUCCAACGCCUUCAAAAUAAAAGCUUCUUCAAUGGAGCCAGACUCAUCCAACGCCUUCAAAAUAAAAGCUUCUUCAAAGGAGCGAGACAACGAGGGCGUGACGGCGGAGGAAGACUCAUCCAACGCCUUCAAAAUAAAAGCUUCUUCAAAGGAGCGAGACAACGAGGGCGUGACGGCGAAGGAAGACUCAUCCAACGCCUUCAAAAUAAAAGCUUCUUCAAAGGAGCGAGACAACGAGGGCGUGACGGCGAAGGAAGACUCAUCCAACGCCUUCAAAAUAAAAGCUUCUUCAAAGGAGCCAGACUCAUCCAUCGCCUUCAAAAUAAAAGCUUCUUCAAUGGAGCGAGACAACGAGGGCGUCACGGCAAAGGAAGACUCAUCCAACGCCUUCAAAAUAAAAGCUUUUUCAAAGGAGCGAGACAACAAGGGUGUGACAGCGAAGGAAGACUCAUCCAACGCCUUCAAAAUAAAAGUUUCUUCAGACGUCUUCACACUCAAUCCUUCAAAGGAGCGAGACAACAAGGGCGUCACGGCGGAGGAAGACUCAUCCAACGCCUUCAAAAUAAAAGCUGAAAGAACCGACGGACCCUUUUUACUAAGUCUGUUCAGAAAGACUUCUCAGAAAGUAGAGAGCGGUGCAGAAGAUAAAAAGAUAAUCUCAGAGACGAGCGAGCAAACGAAGGAAGAAAUAGAUGCUAGUUUUAAAGGAAACGUCUUAAAACAGAAUGAAGAGACAGUCGACGCCGAGAAAAUCAACGACAACUUGAAAGACGGGAUGAAAGAAAUGGAAGUAGCUGAAACUACAAGUGUCUCUGAAACACAACACGAGGAAACCAUCAACCGUCUGAGCUUUCUUAACUUUAAAGACGUCUCGAACGUCUUCAGACUCGGUCCUUCAAAGGAGCGAGACUCAUCCAACGCCUUCAAAAUAAAAGCUUCUUCAAAGGAGCGAGACCACAAGGGCGUCACAGCGGAGGAAGUCUCAUCCAACGCCUUCAAAAUAAAAGCUUCUUCAAAGGAGCGAGACCACAAGGGCGUCACAGCGGAGGAAGUCUCAUCCAAUGCCUUCAAAAUAAAAGCUUCUUCAAUGGAGCCAGACUCAUCCAAUGCCUUCAAAAUAAAAGCUUCUUCAAAGGAGCGAGACAAUGAGGGCGUCACGGCAAAGGAAGACUUAUCCAACGCCUUCAAAAUAAAAGCUUCUUCAGACGUCUUCACACUCAAUCCUUCAAAGGAGCGAGACAACAAGGGCGUCACGGCGGAGGAAGACUCAUCCAACGCCUUCAAAAUAAAAGCUGAAAGAACCGACGGACCCUUUUUACUAAGUCUGUUCAGAAAGACUUCUCAGAAAGUAGAGAGCGGUGCAGAAGAUAAAAAGAUAAUCUCAGAGACGAGCGAGCAAACGAAGGAAGAAAUAGAUGCUAGUUUUAAAGGAAAUGUCUUAAAACAGAAUGAAGAGACAGUCGACGCCGAGAAAAUCAACGACAACUUGAAAGACGGGAUGAAAGAAAUGGAAGUAGCUGAAACUACAAGUGUCUCUGAAACACAACACGAGGAAACCAUCAACCGUCUGAGCUUUCUUAACUUUAAAGACGUCUCGAACGUCUUCAGACUCGGUCCUUCAAAGGAGCGAGACCACAAGGGCGUCACGGCGAAGGAAGACUCAUCCAACACCUUCAAAAUAAAAGCUGAAAGAACCGAAGAACCCUUUGUACUAAGUCUGUUCAGAAAGACUCCUCAGAAAGUAGAGAGCAGUGCAGAAAAUGAAAGUAUAAUCUCAGAGAUCAGCCAGUUUGCUGGUUUUAAAGGAAACGUCUCGGAGCAAAACGAAGAGACAGUCGACGCCGAGAAAAUCAACGACAACCUGAAAGACGGGAUGAAUGAAGUGGAAGUAAAUGAAAUUACAAGUCUCUCUGAGACACAACACCGUGAGGAGAUGAUUCCUACAUCACAGGCAGUUGCCUGUUAUCUGACCUUCGACCCCAACACUGCCAACUCAGAGCUGCGUCUGAGCGACAGCAACCGGACGGUGACUCGAGCGUGGACGGAGCUGUGGCCGCCGGAGCACCCGGACCGCUUCCAGCGCUGCCCACAGGUCCUGUGCCGGGAGGGGCUGCUGGACUCGGCGUACUGGGAGGCGGAGUGGAGCGGCGGCGCCGACAUCGGCAUCGCCUACAACGACAUCUACAGAGACGGAGACGCGGCACGCUGCCUGCUGGGACACAACGAGCGCUCCUGGAGUCUGGAGUGCUCGGAGGGAAGCUACACGCCUUGCCACGCUAACCGGAGAUUCAGGGCUGCGGCGCCACGACCCUUCGCACGAAGGGUCGGCGUGCACCUGGACUGGUCCGCGGGCGCUCUGUCCUUCUACUGCGUCUCGCAGGACGCCAUGGUGCACCUUCACACCUUCAGAGACAACUUCACCGAGCCGCUGUACCCGGCGUUCUGGGUAUGGGCGUACGACGGCUCCGUGUCGCUGAGCCAGGUGGAGUUAGACUGGGAACGGCUGCUGCAGUGAACCGCACAGACAUGUGACUGCUAACGGAGUGAUCUCUGCUAGAGGAGUGACA